AUGGAGCUAUUUCGUAUGAGAUUGUUCAGUGCAAGUUUGAUGGCAAUUCUAUUAAACCGGACUGAGGUCAACCGUUGGGGCACAGCAAAAUACCCGUAUAUACCUCGCAACCUUUCCAGAACCGAAAUUUGCUCACUAGUUGUAUUGCUUUUUCUUCAUCAUAGAAUGCCUACUCUUGCUGAACUGGUACGAAGACUUAUCUUUGUGAUAAGUUGCCUUGUGAACGAAGAGCUGCCACAACUGCAUGAAGUCACCGAACAUGGCCAACUCAAUUACAAUAACGCCCUACAAGAUGUACAAGCUCUUUUAACUCAGAGACGAAGAAACGAUAUCCUAGAAAUUUUACACCAAACUAUGGCAGGUAAAAUAAUUGUCAGUCAGAAGCCAAAAAAACUAUCUAAGCUGAUGCUUUAGCUGACAUGAAGAUUAUUGGAUAUUUGAAAGAAAUAUAAUGCCUAUCAAAUAUUUGGCUAUCGCAAAGGUUAAAGGUUUACACAUUUCUAGAUCUAAGCAUUUGCUCCUAACAGGUUACAUGCAGGAAAAUAUCCGAGAAAUGGAUUUCUUAGAUUUCUCGAUUUGCGUGCUUUGUUUUUGAACCGGUCUGCGCCAAUAAUAACAAAACUUCAAUUGAUGGGGAUGCAACUACCUGAAAAAUAAAAUUGGAGAACUUCGACGUUUUGAUGCCCUUCGUAUUAAUUGGGAAGUCAGUAGAAACGUCAAAGUUCUCCUUGUAUUUUUCAAGUAGUUGAAUCCCUAUCAAUCGAAGUUUUCGUCCUUGUGUGUUAACAAUACAUGAUGUCAAAUUUUGCAAAUGAAUUUACUUUCUAUACUUAAGGUAACUUUCACUUGUUGGAACGACAUGAGAGAAACAUUCAUCAUAUUCUGAAUCAGUUUUAUAAUGACCGUGCCCGUGGUCAUGCUUCACAAGAAUGGCCCGAAUGGUGUUACCGCAUUACGCAAAACAGGAACCCACUACGACAAGAGACGAGCGUACACGGAACAGAAAAUGGCAAUAUCGUGGUCUCCGACACAGAAGGCGCAACGCAAAACGAUGAAAGAUAUAGAGAUGUGGAAGCACGGUCUCGUGACCAAGAUAUGUCUCACCCAUCUGCACAUCGAUCACGAGAUCCACAAACGAGUAGACGGCAGGCAAACCAGAGAGAAUCACCAUUGCCCGUACUAGACGACAGAGCGCUCAGAUCUCUUCUUCCACAACCAUCAACUCCCCUUGAAAAUCCUCUACGAGAAGAACCAAGACAUGGAUAUGGACCAUGGUGUAACAUUUGUGGAAAAAAUAUGGAGGUACUGUAUAAUUAACUCAAGGAAAUUCAUCAUCAUUUAACUAAUUUUCAUGUUGCAACAACAUGAAACGCUAUCUUCAUUUAGUAUGUUUUUCAUUUAUAUAUUACAACUUAAAAUUUCGUUGUUUCAAACCUGUUCCCAUGCAGUGCGACAAGUUUCAUGAUUACUACCUUGCAUAUACUAAUUAAUAUUUCUAAUUAAAAUUUUUUUCCGAACAUUAUAUUUUUCAUUCAUGUACCCGCGUUACAUUUUUCCGUAACGUUUUCGUACAUUUCUCCAAAUUUUUGCUCUAUUAUUUUUUAAUCAGUGUCACUCAAAUAUUUUACCUACCCAGUUCAUGUUUUGCCGACUACGAAGAUGUUUUCAGGGUGUGUCACGCCCUCACGACGGCCCUGACCAAGUAGCAUUAUACUCGUUAGUUUUGAGCGCAUGUUACGUUAACAUACAAAAAUAUCCGAGGAAAAUAUCAGUCCUCUUAAUUUGCUUGUGCGUAUACUGAAGUGCAUGUUAACCAGGGCGCUUAUUUCCGAAGCCCUCCUAAAAGCUCAUUCUGAAAAAAAAAUCACAAAAAUUGUAAUCUCCCUCAUUUAAUUUACAACACUGCAUUGGCAGGUCUGCUUUUGUAGCCAUGGUGUAGUGGCGAAAUAAGUAUAUCCCAACCCUAGUGUGUAGUCUAUUUAAGUAUUAUUUUUGCACGUUAUGCAGACUUCCCCUCCAGUUUGGUCACAGAUUCGUGAUAUUAUUAGAGAGUUGGAUCGGCAACAGAUUCAGGCCUUCGUCACUGAAAUCAAUAAAUGCGACGAGGGAAUUUUAAAUUCCAUACAAUUCCAUGCCAUUCCAGAUCACGAGAUUGUCGAUGCCUUAGUGAGGCCAUUACAAAGAUGCCAUCUUCGUGGACAAAAGUGUGUCCUUUGUCUUUUGAACUAUGUAUUUCAACGCAUUGGACGCAGCGAUUUAGCCAAUUACGUUAAAGAAAUACAAUCCAGAGUCGAAUGA